CGGGAUCACAGAGAAAGAAAUGAAGAAUGACAGUGGAGAGCAAUUCGUGAUGUUACAUCAACAGCUAGUGCUUGUCUUUGGAAUAUCACUAACUAGUAAUAUAUGUGCAUUUAGAAGCUGUUAUUCAGAAGCCCAAGUCUCCCUAUAUUAUUUCUGCAACCUUACAGAUAUUCCACUUGUGCCAAAGGAUACAGUGAAGCUUUUGCUAACUUUCAACUAUAUCACACAAGUGACUGCAACUUCAUUUCCACUGCUGGAGCACUUGUUGCUCUUGGAAAUCGGAAUGCAGUAUGUCUAUCCUGUGACCAUAGGAAAAGGAGCUUUCAGGAACCUGCCAAACCUUCGUGUCUUAGACUUGGGACACAAUAGGAUUCUUCAACUGGAUCUUGAUGCUUUUGUGGGCUUGCCAAGUCUGACUGUACUCCGUCUGUUUCAGAACUACCUUGGAGAUUCCAUCCUAGAGGAAAGUUACUUUCAAGAUCUGAGCUCGUUAGAAGAUUUGAACCUUUCAGGGAACCAAAUCACAAAACUUCAGCCUCAUCCCUUAUUUUAUAAUCUAACAUUCUUGAAAACCGUGGACCUGAAAUUCAACAAGAUAUCCAACCUGUGUGAAAGCAAUCUUACCAGCUUCCGAGGAAAACACUUUUUAUUUUUUAGCCUCAGUUCUAAUAAUUUGUACAAGACAGAUGAAAUGGCCUGGGCCAAAUGCCCAAAUCCUUUCAGAAAUAUUACGUUUAACUCACUAGACCUUAGUGACAAUGGCUGGAGCACAGAGAAUGUCCAAUAUUUCUCUACAGCCAUCAAAGGGACUCAAAUCGGUUCUUUGAUAUUUAGGUCUCAUACAAUGGGUUCAGGAUUUGGCUUUAAUAAUUUAAAAAAUCCAGAUAAUGAUACGUUUGCAGGACUGGCAAGAAGUGAUCUUCGUUUGCUUGAUAUUUCAAAUGGUUACAUUUUCUCUCUCAAUUCUUUAAUCUUUCAAAGCCUUGGCAAUCUGGAAUUGCUGAAUCUUUUCAAAAACAAGAUAAAUCAAAUCCAAAGGCAGGCAUUUUUUGGCUUAGGAAACCUAAAAACUCUCAAUCUCUCAAGUAAUCUUUUAGGUGAGUUGUACGAUUAUACUUUUGAGGGCCUAAAUAGUGUGAUGUAUAUUGAUUUACAGCAAAAUCAUAUCGGGAUGAUUGGUGAAAAAUCAUUCAGUAAUUUAGUAAGUCUGAAAAUAAUUGAUCUCCGAGACAACGCCAUUAAAAAAUUGCCUACCUUUCCACAUCUGACCUCUGCCUUUUUAGGUGACAAUAAGCUGAUGUCUGUAGCUGACACAAAAAUAGCGGCAACACACCUUGAAUUCGAAAGAAAUUGGUUGGCAAACCUGGGUGACCUGUAUAGUCUUUUCCAAGUUCCAGAUGUGCAGUAUAUCUUCUUAAAACAGAAUCGCUUCUCUUACUGUGUGAAAAGUGAUAAUGUUAUAGAAAACAGUCAGCUAAUCUAUGUGGAUUUAGGUGAAAAUAUGCUACAGCUUGUAUGGGAGAGAGAUUUAUGUUUGGAUGUGUUCGGGGCACUGUCCAAACUUCAGGUUCUACAUCUAAAUAACAACUACCUUAGUGCUCUUCCACAGGAGAUUUUCAGAGGUCUAACAUCUCUGAAAAGACUUAAUUUAGCUUCCAAUCUAUUGUCUCAUCUUUCUCCUGGGAUUUUUCCACAAAGCCUAACAAACCUAAACUUAUCUGGAAACCAGCUUUUUUCCCCUGAGCCCGGAGUCUUUAUGACUUUGAGUAUUUUGGAUAUAUCACAUAAUAAGUAUGUCUGUGAUUGUACUUUAAAGAGCCUACUAGUGUGGCUAAAUGAAACCAAUGUAACCCUGGCUGGCUCACAAUCUGACAGGUACUGUGUGUACCCACCUGCAUUUGCAGGGGUGUUACUGUCGUCUCUGACAUAUGAUGGUUGCAACGAAGAUGAACUCCAGCAGACACUCAGGUUCUCAGUAUUCCUCUUCACCUCCAUCACUCUUCUGAUGUUUCUUAUGGCAGUCAUCAUUUUUACUCGCUGUCGGGGGAUUUGUUUUGUCUGGUAUAAAACUAUCACCAAAAAAAUGAUAGGCAGCCAUCCACAAGUAGCAGAUAAAAGUGAAUACAGAUAUGAUGCAUAUUUGUGCUACAGCAAAAAUGACUUUGAAUGGGUCCAGAAUUCUUUGCUAAAGCACCUGGAUUCCCAGUAUUUUGAUAAAAACAGAUUUACCUUGUGCUUUGAGGAAAGAGAUUUCUUGCCUGGGGAAGAACAUAUCGAUAAUAUUCGUGAUGCCAUUUGCAACAGCAGGAAAACAAUUUGCAUUGUGACCAGGCAGUUUCUCAAAGAUGGGUGGUGUGUGGAAGCCUUUAAUUUUGCCCAGAGCAGGUACUUUUGUGAUCUGAAAGAUGUCCUCAUUAUGGUAGUGGUUGGGUCACUUUCUCAAUAUCAACUGAUGAAACACAAACCAAUUAGAAUCUUUUUACAAAGGAGUCAGUAUUUGCGGUGGCCUGAAGAUUAUCAAGAUGUAGACUGGUUUUUAAAUAACCUUUCUUACCAAAUUCUGAAGGAAAAAAAAGUACUAAGGAAAGCCAGUGGUAUAGAGCUGCGGACUGUAGCAACAGUCUCACAUUGAUGGGGUAUGGGUUGCUGGCUUUCUAAAUACCCCAUUUUGAGCUGUGCUAUGGCAGGAAUAAACAAGUUUGCUUUAUAUUUCCUUGAAAAAGCAGGUAGAAAGAUAACUAGUUUAGUAUAAACCCUACUAAACAUGGAGACAGCUUGAAAGCACCCAGCAAAUAUAUGAAAGUGCAAUUAUUUUAUGGACAGACACACGUUUUCAGGAGAACCAAAUGACUCAGAGAUGCUGCACAUUUUGGAUGCUCAGCUUCAGACACUUUAGUCCUGAUUUUCAGAGUACUACUUACAAGUCUGUUUCAGUUAGAGAAGGAUGCCUUUUUUUUUUUUUUUUUUUUUAAGAGCCCAUGGUACUGUACCGGAGUGACCAAGUAUGCUUUCAUGUAUGGUCAAGCCUGACCAUCAGUUCAUGGAUUACUUACUCCUAUGCUUUCUGAAGUCUCUAACUUUUCAUGCUCUGUUUCAAAGUAGAAUCACUACUUUGCACCUUUAUGCUUUAAACUGCUGUAACACAGAUUUCAUUUAUUUGUUUUCUACACAAUUAGCCUCAGCUUCUCGACUGGAACAUACAAACUUUGAACCUCCCUCAUCCCCUUCACCUCUAGAACUUCUCUGCAUCGUGGUAAAACUACAGUCAUAGGUCUGCUUCAUUUGCUGCUGUUUCAGCCUGGUGCUUUUCCAGUUGAGCUGCCUCCUGCCCUGCAGAGGAGCAGGCAUCCCCUUCAGGUCUGAAGCAAGCCUGGUCUUGAAAAGCAAGCAAGAAACUACCUCAGCAGCCGUGUGGGCUGUACACCGGUGACACGGCCAGUAGCCCAGGGACUGCCAGACAGCUUUCACAUUCUGGGAGUGGAAAGUACAGGCAACUGCUGUGUAAUUUGGGUUGUUCUCUGUACAUCUUGUGUGCUGAGCAAUUCUAAGGUGGUGGUCCGCUUCUGUUGAUAUAUGUUUCUAGAGUCAUUAUUGCCUGGUACUCUCUUACCUCUCUAAUGAUUUUACCCCUGUUUGUUCAGGUAUGUGUCUCCAGGAGGUUGUUCAGGGUCAUUUUAAUAAAAGUCUGACUCACUGUUA